GUCACACAAACCGAAGCCGAGAUCAACGAGCUUACCAUUGCCGUUAACGAUUUGCGAGGCAAAUUUGUGAAACCCACCCUCAAGAAGGUUUCCAAGUAUGAUAACAAAUUCAAGAAGAUGGCUGAGAACGAGAAGACUAAGGGCGAGAAGAAGGCCGACUUCAGAGCAAAUCUCAAGGUUGUAAAGAAGGAGACUGCUAUUGAAGAUAUCAUGGCCAAGACAAAGAAGAACACGGACAAGCCAGACUGGUCGAAGAAGCCUGCCGCUGAGAAGAAGGAGGAAGAGGAGAAGAAGGAAGCCCCACCACCAGCUGAGGAACCAGAAGCAGAGGAAGAAGGUGACUUAUUUGAAAAUCGAUGG